CAGAGUCAGAGACAAGCGGUGUCUUCAGCCAGUGAUCAGCUGCCUUACAGCCUGUGGACACACACACACACACACACACACACACACUCUCUCUCUCUCACACACACACACACAUACACACACACCGAGCAGCAUGAGGAGCCUGGCCGUGCUCGCGGUGGCCGUCAGCCUGGCCGCGUGCCUCGCUCCGCUCGCGGAGAGUAAACAUCACGGCAAGACGCGACGGAGCCACGCCAAGAUUCUGGGGUUUGACUGGAAGAACUGCGGGAAGCCCGACGCCCCGGCCGUGCUGAAGACCCUGCAGCUGUCCCCGGAUCCCAUCAGCAUCCCGGGACAGCUGACCGCCGCCGCCUCCGGGGCCACGUCCGUCGAACUGAGCACCCCUCUGUCGGUGAACGUGACUCUGGAGAAGGAGGUGGCAGGUUUCUGGGUGAAGAUCCCCUGCGUGGAGGAGAUCGGCAGCUGCCACUACCCGGAUGCCUGCGACCUCCUGAACCAGCUGAUCCCGCCGGGCCAGGACUGUCCCGAGCCGCUGCACACCUACGGCCUGCCCUGCCACUGCCCCUUCAAGGCCGGCUCCUACUCUCUGCCGCAGUCUGAGUUCUACCUGCCCUACAUGGAUCUGCCCUACUGGCUCACCAACGGGAACUACCGGGUGCAGGGCGUCCUGGGCGGCCAGGGUGAAGAGCUCGGCUGCCUCAAAGUGGCUCUCUCUCUUCACUCCGACUAACACGGCCCACCCGAAACACGCGGGGGGGUUUAGGUUCCGUUUAUUUGCACAUACGAGAUUGAAAACCGGGAAAAGAAAGGAGAAGUUGCACAAACAAGCAAGCGAUCAAGACGUGAGAAACCUCAAGAGUGCAAAGAUUUGUACCUGAAAUUAAGAUGUCAAACAGAGGAAGCUGUGAAAGCUGUGGGAAGCUGCACAUUUUACAUGCUCACUGCGUUUCUGCUGCACACCUGGUUUGGGAGGGGGAUCAAAAAAAAAAAAUCCCCAAAAUAAUAAGACAUGAGACUCUGCAGUGAUAUGUGCUGUACAAUCUGAAGUAGUAAUAACAAUAACAGUAAUAAUAAAGUGCUUUAACAGCCAAAUUAAAGCAAAACAACAGCAUAGAAAAUGCAAUAAUUAAAUACAACUUUGGCCAUAGCUUAGCUCCAGUGCAGCGUAUUCUCAGUGUAUGGAAUUUUUUUUUUUUUUUUGCAUUUGCAGCUUGACUCAAGAUCUUUUUCCAGUCAUUUGGGUCGAUUCCUCUUUUCAGCCAACAUGAAAACUGGAUUGAAUGUGGCCUUAUAGUUGUGUGGAUUGAAUGUGGCCUUAUAGUUGUGUCUUUUUAAAAAAAAAAAAAAAAACACAGAGUUUUAAGAUUUUAUCUAAUUAGCAACUAGUUAUACAUGCAAAUUAGGGGUUAAUUAGGUUUGCCACAUAUCAGGAUUGAAAGAGGACCCCUCAGUGUUCAUCUGGACCAAAAAUUAUCAAGUGAUUUCUGCCAAACGUGCACACACUGGCCCCUUAUGCACCUUUACAGCCUGGACUACAAUAGGGAACAUUUAUUUUGUUAACUUUUCUGCUGUAGCUCUCAAGAUUAAAAUCGCGCUGCCCUUUAUUUCUUUCUAUAUUUGCCAAUAUGGGAAACAAAGUGCAGUUUGUUUUGCAAAACCUUGGUUUGUAGGACUUAUGGGAGAUUUUUUAUAUAUAUAUAUAUAUAUAGGUGUGAUUGUGAUAUAGAUAUGAACAGGAAAUGAAAAACGCAUAUGAAUCUAAAGCCAAGAGGGAACUGAUCACUCGAUCGUUUCCACAGCAGGCAUGUAGCUCCUCCGUUUUCCCGCUCAGACAUUAAAAUAGACCCGAUGUUUCGCUGUGUGCAUUAGCAGUGAACGGUACGCCACGUGUGUCUGCUUUGUAAAGGGUUACAGAGAGGAAAUGCACUUCUGCACACUUCCUGAUUCAAAAGAGGGACAGUUUUAAACCUUAAUUUAUCCGGAUAAAAAUCCAUCAGAACUGCACACAGCCACACUAAACAUACUUCAUGUUCCUUACAGCUGCAUGUCUGUCUCUUCUUUUGCUUCCUUUGCUUUCCUGUCCUUCAUAUUUCCUGUGAAACGAGCUUCAUCGUGCUAACACCGACUAAGGGGUGAAAAAAAGCCUCACUUUCAGAUUGUUGCCACUCUAGAAGACAUUGAAAGGGAUCAGAAACACUGAAACAUAUUUUUUGGGACUUUUUUUUUUUUUUUUUUUUUUUUUUACUUCAUUUCAGUGCAGUUAGUUGUUUCUGGAGGCCAAUCAAUAUCACUUUUUGACCGUGAUUAAAGGUAUCUGAGGUACUGAAAGAUGUUUUCUAGGUGUUAACUGAUACCGAGGCGUCGUCUGCAUAUAAACACACACACCGUGGAACUGAAGACGCUGAAGGGUUAAAAAUCAAAAGCAGCUGAACAUCGCUGCAUGUUUCAUAGUUGUACAUUCUGUCGACAUCAUUCAGGCCUGAAUACCUUGUUUGCUUAAAUUGUCUUGUUUUGGACAAGACAUGCAAACACUGGAGUCUAAUUAUCUUACAUAAUGUUGAGGCACACGGUUUAAAACACAACACAGUGAAAAGAAAACGUCAAACACCGGGACUUUCCUUUAAAAGAAUACUCCAACGUUUUGGGCAAAAUACACUUUUCCAAGACAAGAUGUUUGAUACCAUUUUCACCUCUGAACGUCCAGUGGUUCGCUUCCUUUGGCUAGCAUUUUGUGUUAGCUUAGCUUAAAGACUUGAAGUCUAUGGGAGUCGUUAGCCUGGUUCGGUCAAAGAGGAAAAAAUAAAACUUACAGCAGCUCUGGGGAUGUUUGUUUCAAAUCCAUAUGAUCCACUGUGUACAUCAGAAAGCUUCAGAGCUGCUGGAAGGUUUAUUUAUUCACAUUCACUGAUCCAGGCUAACGACUCCCAUAGACUCCAAGUCUUUAUGCUAAGCUAACAGGAAAUGCUAACCAUAAAAAUCAAACCACUGGACAAACAAAGGAGAAAGUGAUAUCCAACAUUUUGUCUCAGUCUGGAAAAGUUGGAAAAAAGGGGAUUUUGCCAAAAACGUUGUAGUAUUAUUCCUUUAACCAGCAUGUUGAUGAAAACCCAACAUUCCUAAUUUGAUGCUUCUGUUUCAUGGCCUGUUCAGUCUGAUUUUUUAUAUUUGGAGCCACACCAUAUCAUGUUCAUGUUUUGUGCAUAUAUAUGGGAUUAUCAGUUGUACCACGUGCUUAAUUUUCAGUACUUCAGUAUUACAUUUGGAAAUCAUUUGUGCCUUGAAUGCAUGACUUUGGCUCCAAAAAAUGUGGGGGGAAAAAAAAAGUCAUUUUUUGUCUCAUUUGACUUUUCAAAAUCAAAGCGUUUUCAGAGCAGACACAUGCAGAAGGUGUGUGUCCACUGUGUCUCUCACGUCCAGUGUGUCUCUUCAUGUCCAGUUCAUGCAGCAUUUAUCUUUAGACGAGAUGCUGUAAUUUGCUGUUUAGUCGCACCUGACUUUCAUCUAUCUGUUACAGAUUUCAUACAUUUCCCAGAAUGCCUUUCAACCACCCCCAGAGCACAUGCAUGAACUUUUUGCAUUCAAUAAUGAGAGCGUUCAGUUUCAUGGUAGUUUUUCUUUGAAGUGACGUGAAGAUACAAAAGAUUUUCAGUGUUUUUAACGAACUAAAUCGAAGGUUCAGAUUUUGUCGUUUUAAGACGUCGGAUCAGCUUGUUUUUACGAUUCUGCUUCUGUUCACAGGUCAGAUUUUUUAACGUCGCCAUUCGUGCGUCACAAUGGGAAGAACCGUGUAGCAUCUGUCGUCCGUUUCAUUUUCGUUUCUGUUUUGUAAUCAAAUGCUCGUUUUUUGUCAUUUUCUUCACAGAUUCCAGUUUCUCAUCGACCUGUAAAGCUCAGAGUCGCUAUGAGUCUUUUUUUUUAUUGGGAGAGUUUGUUGAUUGAAGUUGCUCUGCUGGGAGUCAGGCAGAGCUCAUGCAAAUAAUAUAACACAGUUAACAGUGCACAUGAGAGCAAUUAUUUUGAGUUUCAGUUUUAAUUUGAUUAGAUUUUUAGUUGAUAAUAUUGUUCAUUCUGUCUUUUUUUAACCCUAACUGUGUAAGUGCCUGAUUAGAUCUGUGCUGGGAGAAGGGAGCUGAGAUGGAAACUGAAUGUUAAUGACACCCACACACACACAUACACACACACACACACACACAUACACACACACACAGCUGAACCGAAGAGGCUGAGUUGAAUUUAAAAAAAAAGAAAAAAGAAAAAGGCAGAUUUUGGUGAUGAUGAUAAAAAUUUAAGUUGUUGAAAGUUUUUAUUCUGCCUGUUUUCUAUCGUGUCAAUUACAAUGAACUGAAAUCAUUGAAAAAAAUAGAGUAUGAAUGAGCACGGUAGUCAGAAUUUUGAUUUAUUUUGAGUCUUACAAUUUUUAAUAAACAUGAUAUCAUAACUGA